CGCAUAACUCCAUUACACAAAACGGUUAUCCAAUUACUAGUUUACUUAAUAAAUGACAGUUUUGUAUUUGUCUGACAUGAAAUGCUUUUGUCUUUUAUUUUGUAAGAUUUAUAGUAGCAGAGAUGGUGUCAGAUGUCCUAUUGUUACAGUUGCUAGGCAACCUUUAAAAACACCACCAUCUCAAACAGCAGAGAAACGCUUUUAUUCUUCAUUUCAUGGAAAAGCAAAUGCACCAGCGAGCAGAAAUAUGUCUCCCUCGAAAAAAGAAGGUUUUGGAGUCCUUCCACUCCAACACCUUCCGGAUAUUUGAUGAAACGUUACCGGAGCGUCUUGAUGUAACCGAUGUCUAUCAGAACCAUAAAUAUCCCGUGAGAGACCCACAGGAGUAUGAGGUGUUAAAGAGCCACAACGUCCCACAUCCUGUAAACGCCAAAUUCAUCAGGACAAAUGUCAGAUUCCUCAAUGAGCCCGUCGCUCACAUGGAGACAAGACACACUAUGGCAGAACAGUUUAACUGGUGGUCAGGCUUAACUAAUCAAGAUGUUCCCAUCAAAGCUCCUUACAGUAAAGCCACAACUCAGAGAUGUGAUUUCCAGCCUGUUAAAGACGUUCCGGUCAUCAGAUUACGAGAAUCAAACAGACCCACAGCUGUAGGAAUUAUUCCAACGAUAAGUUUCAUUGAUCAACCAGACAGUCCUCUUCAUUCUGGAAGACACAUGACCGACCCAACCACGAGCGUUCGUGUGGGGAGUCAGGGAGGCGGCGGGACCAGGCACAUUCCAGAGAGCAGCGGGGCCGCCAUCGCCCUCGGCAGGGACGGCAAACCAGCUGAAGUGAGAGAGAACAGAUGUGAGAGAGAUGAGAGGCCCUGUGUCCAGCAAGACCCCAGAGAUAAACGCUCCCACAGACCGCGGGGAAUCCGAUCCUGAACAUGUCCCGAAUCUCCAUCACUGUUGUUGGAAAAACCAAAACUUCCUCCCCAGUAAAAAGAAACAUUUAAUCAAAGCUGCAAAAACUCUGCUUGAACACAUGAACCCCAUUUCACAAUAACGUUUAUUCUUGAUAUGUUGAUCAUUCCAUGUGCAGAGGCAGUUUACAUCGAAGUCUUAAAGGGAAAAUAAAGAAUAAUAAUUUUAAAGGUAAAUUAUGCUAAAACUGCUGAGAUUAUUCCAAAACUAACAUCACAUGGUCAUGUUAAACAAACACGUAUGGAUGCACCUGUGAUCCUGAGACAAUCACCAGACCCAGACAACAGCAAGCCCAUUCCGGUUCUUCAUGAAAGUCUUUCUUUAUGAAUUAUGAAUGGGGGUUGAAGUCACGUGUAUAAUGCUGUUUGCUCUUCAUUUGAUGGGGAAAAUACAUGCUGAUGUAAACACACGGUCAAAGUGCUGUGAGUAUCUGGACCAAACACUGCUUUAUUCUUAUUUAAACUUAAGACUUGGGUCAGGUCUCAUUUGUUGAGGUCACGUUUUAAACCUUUGCGUUCAGCUUAUUAUAAGAUCUGCAGUUUGUUGUUUUUAAUCUUUAUUGACUAUCUAAUGGAUCAUGAUUUAUAUUACCAGUGACUUGUAAUAUUAAUAAUUGUCAUAACUGCAUGAGUAUAUUCUGUGUUGGUGUUACGGGAAUGCAGUGGGCUAUAUUCUGCUACCUUUUAGUUUCAGUGACAUAUUUACCUUAUUAAAAAAUUAAUAUCUCACAGACAUAAGGAAAGGCUUUAAGUCUAGUUUAUUUAUGUAGGAAAUUUCAUGCAAAAUAUGGUACUUUACUGUGCUGUUAAUGGAAAAAGAAAGAUAACAAAAUAAAAACAACUCAUUUCAAAAAUAAAAUUACACACAUGUACAGCCUAUGGAAUAUACAUAACAGGCAUAUAUAUAAUAGUACAUGUGUGUAAUUUUAUUUUUGAAAUGAGUAUAUAUAU